UGGAGAGCACUCAAGGAGGUGGGCAGGUGGGCUGUUCGUUCUUGGAAGGGCUCAUGAAUGAAAACCCCUAAGCCUGACCACCUGGGGGAAAGGCUCACCUUUCCCAUGUGUGGCUGAUAAGGGCCAGGAGAUUCCACAGUUCAGGUAGUUCCCCCGCCUCCCUGGCGUUUUGUGGUCACCAUUAAUCAUUUCCUCUAACUGUGUAUAUAAGAGCUCUUUUGCCAGUGAGCCCUGUACUCAGAGAGAAAGGCUAAAGUCCUCAGGAGGAUGUGGCUGCAGAAACUAAUUCUACUGGGCACUGUGGUUUAUAGCAUCUCUGCACCCAUCGGCCCUCCUGGCCCUGUCCCCCAGCCCAGGAAGUAUGUGGAUGCCAUCAUCAAGGAAGCCCUGAGCCUUCUGAACCACAGUAAUGACACCGGUGCUGAGACGAAUGAAACAGAAGUCGUCUCUAACGUGUUUGACCCUACGGAGCCAACAUGCCUGCAGACCCGCCUGAAGCUGUACGAGCAGGGCCUGCCGGGCAGCUUCACCAAGCUGAAGAGCCUCUUGAGCACGAUGGCGAGCCACUACAAGGAGUACUGCCCCCCCACCCCAGAAACUUCCUGCAAGACCCAUUUUAUCACCUUCAAAAGUUUCAAAGUGGACCUGAAGAAAUUUCUGUCUGACAUCUCCUCUAGCUGCUGAAACCAAGUCCAGAAGUGAGGGCCAGCCAGGCUAUCAGGCCAUUCCCGGGACCUAACCUCAUACAUCUCGGCUCUCUCACCCAGAAAGAGCCAGAAACUCAGGAUCUUCGUCUUAUAGGGACCAAGUGGGUGGGCCACAGACACAAUGGGGAUGGCCUGGACCUGCCCUGGGCCAUGCUGACCCUGAUAUGGGCAUGGUAGAGGAGUGUGGGUUAUUUUAUACUGGUGGGGAUUAAUACUAUUUAUUUAUAUAUUUAUACUUUUAAAAUAUUUAUUUAUUUAUUUAAAAUCCUAUCCUAUAUUUAUUAAAGAUGUUUUAUCAUCGUAAUAAAUUAUUGAACGUCUGCUUUUAUUUA